AGAAAAUUUCCAUAAUGAAUUGAAAAGAAGCUUUGGCCUGUUUAGAAAUCUCCAACAGCGAUCGGUCCAUAUGACGUAGGACAUAAAUAUUAGUUUUGAAAUAAAGAUCACGAAGUACAAGUACAUAUAGAGGAGAAAUAUGUAUAUGCUGCAAAGAUGAAACAUUACCUAUCGAAUAUUUUCUAUAUAUCAUUUUAUUGACAAGCUGAAAGAUUCCAGAACGCUGUGACGUUCUAUUUUGCUUUCAGCAUAUACUAAAUGCAACAUGGAGUUUCUACUUCAGUUAAAAAUGUUGUUAUGGAAAAAUUAUACCUUGAAAAAGCGACGACCGUUUGUUGUUGCUUUCGAAAUCCUUAUACCUUUAGUUUUGUUUAUGGUAUUGAUGGGCAUUCGUUUGCGACGACAGCCUACAGCAAUAGACGAAAAUAUAUUUGCUGUCAAAGCAUUACCUUCAGCUGGCAUAAUCCCGCUUCUUCAAAUGUUCUGUCCAAACAAGACCCAAGACAAACAUGGAUUUCCAAUUUUUCCUGAAUCCAAAACACAAGCUCUUUUAAUGAACCUCACAAUAAUAUUAAAAAAUGUAGACAAGAACCAUGGCAAACUUUCACUUCUGGAAGACAAUGAUCUUGAUUAUGAUUAUGAUAAAGUUGUGGAUGAUUUACGCAAAAACAACACAUUCACUGACAGAAAUAUUCCAGAUUUCAUUUUACAAGAUAUUUUAAAAGAUCCAGAUGAUUUUAGAAAUUUUUUAAUAAAGAAUUUAUCAAUGCCUGAAAACAUGACACAGGCAUUGCUAAAUGCCACUGUGAAUGGUAGCAAGGUGUUGGAAAUACUUGACUCUCAGAAGUUAAAGCAGAAUCCUGCUAAGUAUCAAGAAAAGUUGGAUAACUUACGCAGGAAAUUAUUGAUGAAAGCAGCACUUGAUUCAACUUUCUUGAACAAUCCCUUGGCAGUGGGACAGACGGUUACUGAUACUAUGUACAAAGAUGAUGAUCAUGGCGAUGUUGAUGCCCUUCUGCUGGAUAAUUUCUACAGUCCCGAGAAAUUAAGCGAGAUAUCUUGCAAAAAGGAAAAGUUCGACUCCCUCAUUCAAACGAACGAAACACCCGAACGACAGGAAGAGUUGAGGAACUACAUGUGUCAUAAUCUGACCAAAGAACAAAAAUACAGUUUUUCUCGAGAACUACGGAACCAGAUCAACAAGACUGUUGUAUACAGGAAGUUUGGUGAAGGUUUUACUCAUCCGAAGGGAUCAAAGUCUUUUCAGGAUAAAUAUGGUCGACCAAUUGCUUCACUGAAACGAAAUCUUGAAUUAUUACGAGAAAACCAAGAAGUCCUCAACGCUGCCGUGGCGAUUGCAAACAUGCUGCAAAUAAACGACUCUUCCAAUGGAAACAUUGAUGAAAGUGAUCUCAGAGAGAAUGGCAAUGUUCGCCUUGCAAAGAAGAUAUGGAAGGUAAUCGGUCCAGUGUUGUGUGGUCCUGACAUGACCGAGUAUGAAAAAGAUCCGUGCCCAGAUGCGAUGUAUUACCAUCCGUCAAACACUCGAGCUUUGGUUCUGAUGUUGUACGUGAUGACCAAUAAACCUCUUAUUCUGUACUCACCUCGUGGUCCGGCUGUCGACUCGAUUGUUAAGAGGGCUAACUGGUCUUUUCAAGCCGUAGCAGACAGUAUAAGUGCCGGGCAUUGGUGGCUUAGAUAUUCUAAAACGGCACAAAUUACUAUCAACUCGCCGAGUUUUACUUCCCGACUUAAAUAUCUGAAGUCUUUCUUCAGACUGUUGCAUGACAGCAAAUACGAAAGUAAUUUUGUCGAAGACUUUGAUGUUGUAAGCACAACCAGGAGACUGAAGUUCGCAGAUCAUGUCGUUCGAACAUGGUUAAGUAAGAUUGAGAAUAUUUCACUGGAUGUAUUUCUGGGCUUCAAUACCUCGAGAGAAUUGGAUAAUUUCAUGGUGAACAGAAGUAGUAUGCCGAGAUAUCAUGGUCGAAAAAUCGUCGCAGGUAUCGUCUUCACGAACAUCGAACCAAAUGGCACACUCCCACCGCAUGUUGAAUACAAGAUUAGAAUGAAUAGUUCUUUCACACAAGACACUACUAUCAUAAGAAGCAACUAUUGGCAGCCAGGGCCGGAAUGCGAAUAUCAACCGUAUUACUUUCAUGGAUUUGAUUGGCUCCAAGAUAUAUUCGACCGCGCUAUUGUGGAUGAACAAGUGAAUGCUGGCGAUAAUCUUGCUCCUGCAACGUAUCUACAGGAAAUACCUUAUCCUUGCUACAUGAGUGAUAGUUUUAUGUUCGUCAUAAAACACAUGGUACCGUUGUGUAUGGUGAUAUCCUGGAUCUAUACUGUCGCAAUUACAGUGCAGAAUAUUGUUUACGAGAAAGAACGGAGAUUGAAAGAAUUUAUGAAAAUGAUGGGCUUGAGUAAUAUUGUGCAUUGGAUCGCUUGGUUCAUUACUAGCCUAUGCACCAUUUCAAUCACGGUCGCCCUCCUCACUGUCAUAUUGAAGUAUGGUAAAAUCCUGACAUACAGCGAUCCAUUUCUGGUGUGGUUAUUCCUUCUUGUCUUCGCGAUCGCAACUAUCGUAUUCUGUUUCCUCAUCAGCGUUUUCUUUUCGAAAGCAAAGCUCGCAGCCGCUUGUGGUGGAAUUAUAUAUUUUCUUACCUAUAUGCCAUUUGUCUUCAUCUCGAUACGAGAAGACGCCGCAAAAGUUAAGCUGAGUGGACUGACAAAAAGUUUUGCAAGUUUAUUCUCCACUACAGCUUUUGGUUUAGCUUCACGAUACUUUGCCCUUUAUGAGGAGCAGUCUAUUGGAGUACAGUGGUCAAACAUUGGGAAGAGCCCGCUUGAUGGUGAUGAUUUCAACAUUCGUAAAAUAUUUUACAUGCUAAUAGUAGACACGAUACUCUACGCCAUCCUGGUCUGGUAUAUCGAAGCUGUUCAUCCGGGAUCAUAUGGUCUGCCAAGACCCUGGUACUUUCCUUUACAAACCUCGUACUGGUUUGGACAUAAUACUCGAUCGUGUCCGAAAUUCACCCGGAAUUACAUGAUGGUGAAUGAUGAUGAUGUGCCCCCCGGUGCAACCGGGAUGUUGGCCUGUGAGAAAGAUCCAACGAAUUCCCCCUUGGGGGUAGUCAUUGAUGGUUUGGUCAAGGUUUACAAGUCGCGCUCAAAACCUGCAGUUAAUCGCUUGACAUUGAACCUAUUCGAAGGUCAAAUUACGUCAUUCUUGGGUCACAAUGGGGCGGGAAAGACGACAACAAUGUCUCUAUUGACAGGUCUAUUUCCACCAACUCAAGGGACGGCUUACAUCUAUGGCAAUGAUAUACGUUACGACAUGGACGAUAUCAGAAAGAGUUUGGGAUUUUGUCCUCAACAUAACGUGUUGUUUGAUAGGCUAACUGUGGAGGAACAUCUCUGGUUUUAUGCCAGAUUGAAGGGAAUGUCGUCUGGGCUGGUAUGUGAAGAGGUUGACAAGUUGGUGAUCGAUUUAGGUCUGCCUGGUAAACGACACAGUCCUGUAUACAGCCUGUCAGGAGGCAUGAAACGAAAGUUAUCAAUUGCUGUUGCAUUUGUUGCCAAGUCUCGUAUGGUCAUCCUGGACGAACCAACUGCUGGCGUGGAUCCGUAUGCUCGGAGAGCGAUAUGGGAUUUGCUCAUUAAGUAUAAACAAGAUCGAACGAUAUUGUUAUCAACUCACUUCAUGGAUGAGGCCGACGUUCUCGGCGACAGAAUCGCUAUAAUCUCCGAAGGCAAACUACGGUGUGUUGGCUCAUCUUUAUUCCUAAAAAGUCAUUUUGGCGAUGGAUAUAAUCUCUCUCUGGUAAAGAAAACAUCUGGCAGCACUCAGAACUCGUUCUCCAACACACCCCAGGGGUCAGUCUCUAACCUAGGUAUAAUCCCACCUGCCAACACCCCCCAAGCAAGCACCCCACCUAUCGUUAUCCCUGGGAGCGCACCUUCUACUUCUUCGUUACCUGGAACACCUCCUAGUUUUGAUAGUUUCUUGUCAUCGAGCCUUGGUUCCAGUCCAAAUAUGUCUGCACUGUCUCCACUUGCUAAACUAUCAAGGCAAUCUCCUGGAGGAAGUAAUUUAUCCAUCGCGGAAGCAAGCACAGAAAAUGUGACGUCGUUCGUUCAGAGUUACAUUCCUUCUGCUAAGCUAAUUCAGGAAACUCGUCAACAACUAUCUUUCAUCUUGCCCAAUAACGUCGUUAAGAGAGAUGGCUUUGGUAAUUUCUUUUUUCACCUCGAGAAAAACUUAGAGACGCUUGGUUUGAAAAGUUUUGGCAUCACCGAAACACCAUUGGAAGAGGUGUUUCUCAAAGUAACUGAUAUUUCUGGUCAGGACGAAACGGACUCCCUUGCUGAUAGCCGUAACGAUGACAACGAUGAAGCGGUCAUUGAUGAACUACCUGGCAAUCACAUGACUAACAGUGUGAUUGGGAACUCCACGGAGCCUGAUGUGGAAAUGAUGGAUGUUGCAGGUCAUUCUGAGGCCGAUUCAUGGAAUAAGCCACUGUUAGAGUUCAACCGUAGAGCACGGAAUCAGAUAGACGCCGUUUUUGUGAAGCGAAGUCAACCUGUACCAAUUUCUAGAACCUUUCAACCUCCUCAAACCCACAGCAACGGCAUUCAAGCAAAUAACAUUAGCAACGGCUAUAGAGACACCGAGGGAACUCAUAACGAGGGAUCUGGUUCCGGUAGUCAUGUUGUCAGCGGUGCUCUGCUAAAAUGGCAGCAAUUCUAUGGAAUGAUCGUAAAACGAUUCUAUCAAACAAGGCGAAAUCUUAAAGGUCUGUUUUCGCAAUUAUUCCUGCCCUCAUUCUUCAUUACAAUCGCAAUGGUUUUUGCUCUAUCCGUUCCCAAGCCCAAAGAUGCUCCUCCUCUUCCGCUUAACACGCGAAUGUUUGAAAGACCGAACUACGUGCCGUUUGCAAACGAGAAUUCCAGCGAUAAUUUGGCAGUUGGCAUGGAACAGACGCUCACACUUCCCUCGGGCAUUGGUAGCUACUGUUAUUUAAGAAAUCCUUCAGACAUUUUGGGGAACUGGAGCUAUUCCUCCUAUCCGUGCAAAUCUGAGAAACCCGACGGUAUGAGUGCUUUUAAUGAUCAAUGCCGCGAUAUCCCAAAUUCCGACGUACGGCUGUGUAAGAACGAUACUCGCCACCAUCAUCGAUAUCCUACCGGGUCCUCGAAUAAAGUGACGCAUUGUUACUGCGAGCAUAAUAAACUGAAGUACGUGUGUCCAGUUGAUAUAACCCACCCAGUACCGAAGGAGAUUAUUCCUGCAACACUGGAUACAUUACGUAAUGUUACUGGAAGAGAUGUCUCCAAAUAUUUGUUGUAUACAACGGAAAGUACCCGCAUGGCAAGGUAUGGUGGUCUGGUGUUCGGGGAAAAUGUUACGAGUAUUCCUGCUGAUUUCAGUAAAUUUAAAUGUGUGAAUAUUAAUUGUGACACAGUCCAACGUUUAGGAGUCCGAAAAGCCGUGAAGGCGUUAUAUAACAACAAGGGAUAUCAUUCACAACCCGUAUAUCUCAACGCUAUCGAUAACGCUAUAUUCAGAUAUUAUUAUGAAGGAAAUCGCGGCGCUUAUGGUAUUAGCGUGACAAACCAUCCAUUUAAUAAAUCUGGUGAACGACUUUCAUGGGAAUACAGACGUUCCGGAACAAAUGUUGUGAUCGCAAUAUUUGUGAUUGUUGCCAUGUCCUUUGUUCCUGCUGGCUUUGUUGUAUUCUUAGUAACUGAACGUUCAACCAGCUCAAAACAUUUGCAGUUUGUUUGUGGCCUUGAUCCUAAAAUUUACUGGCUUUCUAAUUACUUUUGGGAUAUGUGUAACUACCUCAUUCCAGCUUCAGUAUGUAUAAUAAUAUUGUACUUAUUCCAAGUCCCUGCGUACGCCUCGACUACGAACUUUCCUGCCGUCAUUGCUUUGUUUGUACUUUAUGGAUGGUCCGUGACACCUCUCAUGUAUCCAGCAUCUUUCUUUUUCAAAGUUCCAAGUACAGCUUUUGUUUUCAUGAUUGUUACAAAUCUAUUUCUCGGAAUUACCACCACUGUUUCAACUUCAAUACUCGAAAUAUUCGUGAACGACUCUGUUCUCACGACGAUCAACAAAGUUCUUAACAUCGUGUCCCUCGCAUUUCCAAAUUACUGUCUAGGACGUGGCUUGAUGAACUUGGCUUAUAAUGAAUUGAAAAAUGACUUCUAUGUUCAAGUUGGCCAGUCGUACGAAGUAAAAUCUCCAUUUGAGUGGUCAGUUGUCACAGAAAAUCUCGUCUUCAUGGCGGCCGAAGGAGUGGUGUUCUUUGCGUUGACUCUGCUGAUUGAGUACAAUUUCUUCCGAAAACCAAAAAGUCUUCCUCGACCGUCAAAUGAGCUUGAGGAUGAUGAAGAUGUCGCCGAAGAGCGCGAAAGGGUUCUGUCGGGGGAGGCCGACGAUGAUCUUGUUUGUCUUAAGAACUUAACGAAGGUAUAUUUCUCUAAGAAGACUGGUAAUCAUUUAGCUGUUGACCGUUUAUGUCUGGGCAUUCAACAAGGCGAGUGUUUUGGCCUCCUGGGCGUCAACGGAGCUGGGAAAACCUCAACGUUUAAAAUGCUAACUGGAGAUACCUCAGUCACAAGUGGAGAGGCAUUUCUCAACUCCUACAGCGUACGUGAGGAUAUCUUAAAAGUCCAUCGUUGUAUCGGAUAUUGCCCUCAGUUUGAUGCUCUGAUUGACGAGAUGACAACUAGAGAACAUUUGUUGCUCUAUGCAAGACUACGCGGAGUUCCUCCUAAGGAACAGAGACAGGUUGUUGAAUGGGCGAUAAAGAAACUAAGUUUAACAAAGUUUGCUGACAAACCAUCCAAGACUUUAAGUGGUGGUAUGAAGAGAAAACUGUCCACUGCUAUUGCUCUUAUAGGCGAUCCACCAAUCAUCUUCCUGGACGAACCGACAACAGGCAUGGAUCCAAAAGCGCGACGUUUCUUAUGGGACACUGUGAUCAGUAUCGUGAAGGAAGGUCGUUCUGUGGUCCUUACUUCACAUAGCAUGGAGGAGUGCGAGGCACUGUGUACAAGACUGGCAAUAAUGGUUAACGGACAGUUUAAAUGUUUGGGAAGUAGCCAGCACCUUAAGAACAGAUUUGGAAGUGGGUACAUAAUAACAUUGAGAGUCAAAGGUGAAAAUCCUGAUCUUAACACGACGAUGACUAUCUUUAACGAAAAUAUGCCAAGUGUGACAUUAAAGGAGAAGCAUCAUAACAUGCUGCAGUAUCAUCUCCCGUCUGGCACGAUGAAACUUUCCAAAGUGUUUGAAGUGAUUGAAAACCAUCAAGACCAAUUACAAAUUGAGGACUAUUCUGUCAGCCAAACAACUCUUGAUAAUGUAUUUAUAAACUUUGCUCGACAACAAACAGAUGAAGUGGAAUUCAAAGAUCACAGGGUACGCAAGAGGUCACGUGCCCUACGCAAGCUUCGACUGAGGCUCGGAUUGCUAACACCUGGAAGACUGGUAACUAACAGAGACGACACAGUGAGGUUCACCUCUAUUGCAGAAGUGGAUGAUAUGGAAGAUGAAAAUUUUGAAGUCACUUUCUCCCGUAAUUCUCAACUUGCAUUUUCAUCCGGAGUGAAUGCCUAAAAAGAACCUCUCAAUAAUGGAAUAUGUGUAAUAAGCAAUAAUCUAGUAUUUAUUAGUGUGAAUAAAGAGAAAUUAUUUCUCAACAGAGAAUCGUUGUAUAUGCGUGGGUUCACAUCAGGAGCCUGUGUAGAAAUAUGUUAAUGAUUGGUAAUUUCGUUCUGCUGUCUUUCUGCCGUCUCAUUAUAUUUUCGUAUCACGUGCUGCCUAAUCAAAUGUAUCUAAUUUACUUAUUAAUUCGAAUUUACUCUAUUAGCUAAUAGUAUAGAGAAAAAGCUAAUCAUUACAAUAAAAUAGCGAACAUGUUGCCAUGUUGGUGCCGAACCCAACGAUUGAAAUGUGUUCCAAGUCCACCAACAUGGCCGCCGCGUGUUAGACAAAAUAAACAUUAACGAUGGGCAAAGGGUGGGAGGAUUAAUAGACCUUUCUCAUAAUGACGUCAGACGCGGAAAACCUGAUGUUACAUGAAGUUUGAUUGACUCGUUAGUUUUGCGGAGCCAAUCAAACUUCGUGUAACAUCAAGCUUUCUGCGUUUGACGUCAUUAUGAGAAAGUUCUCUUACACAAGGUGUGUAGUGUAUAUUUGAUAUUGUUAUAACUGUUGAUUAUUUCUGAAAUACGGUUAGGUAUUUGUUAUUUAUAGUAUUACAGAUCCUGUAUUUACAUUUGGGCUGAGAGCAGAGUAUUUUAUUGAAAAUAAAAUAUAUUUUUUAGAGUAUAGCUAGACGAAACAAAUAUAUGUAGUGGUCUUA